CACGGCACUCUCCGGAAGCGUUUCCAACUUUCCAGAAGUUUCUUAGGACCGGCAGGAGGGGGUGGGGACAGCCAUAUAUAGAUCCGGAGCCCGGGGCAGUGAGUUGAGUAGAGCCUGUCCGAGACGAGUGUCCCGUCGGUCCCGGAGCAGCCCAGCCCGGCCCAGAAUGAAAAAGGCAGGCAGUGAUCUCCCUCUGAGGCAGUUUCAAGGUCCUCUGUGGUGCACACAGCUCACCUCUCAGCCAUGCGCUCUCUCCUUCUGGCCGCUUUCUGCCUCUUGGCUGUGGCCCUGGCAGCCGAGGUGAAGAAGCCUGUAGAGGCCGCAGCCCCUGGUACUGCGGAGAAGCUGAGUUCCAAGGCGACCACACUGGCAGAGCGCAGCACAGGCCUGGCCUUCAGCUUGUAUCAGGCUAUGGCCAAAGACCAGGCGGUGGAGAACAUCCUCCUGUCACCCUUGGUGGUGGCCUCAUCCCUGGGUCUUGUGUCUCUGGGUGGUAAAGCCACCACCGCAUCACAGGCCAAGGCCGUGCUGAGCGCUGAGAAGCUGCGGGAUGAAGAGGUGCACACGGGGCUGGGUGAGCUGCUGCGCUCCCUCAGUAACUCCACCGCUCGCAAUGUGACCUGGAAACUGGGCAGUCGCCUGUACGGGCCCAGCUCGGUGAACUUCGCCGAGGACUUCGUGCACAGCAGCAAGCAGCACUACAACUGUGAGCACUCCAAGAUCAACUUCCGGGACAAGCGCAGCGCCCUGCAGUCCAUCAACGAGUGGGCCUCGCAGACCACCGAUGGCAAGCUGCCCGAGGUCACCAAGGACGUGGAGCGCACGGACGGGGCACUGCUCGUUAACGCCAUGUUCUUUAAGCCACACUGGGACGAGAAAUUUCAUCACAAGAUGGUAGACAACCGUGGCUUCAUGGUGACUCGCUCCUAUACUGUGGGUGUUACAAUGAUGCACCGGACAGGCCUCUACAACUACUAUGAUGACGAGAAGGAGAAGCUGCAGAUCUUGGAGAUGCCCCUGGCCCACAAGCUGUCCAGCCUCAUCAUCCUCAUGCCCCACCACGUGGAGCCUCUCGAGCGCCUGGAGAAACUGCUGACCAAAGAGCAGCUGAAGGCCUGGAUGGGAAAGAUGCAGAAGAAGGCUGUGGCCAUCUCCCUCCCCAAGGGAGUGGUGGAGGUGACCCAUGACCUGCAGAAACAUCUGGCUGGACUGGGUCUGACGGAGGCCAUUGAUAAGAACAAGGCUGACUUAUCGCGUAUGUCUGGCAAGAAGGACCUGUACCUGGCCAGUGUGUUCCAUGCCACCGCCUUCGAGUGGGACACAGACGGCAACCCCUUUGACCAAGACAUCUACGGGCGUGAGGAGCUGCGCAGCCCCAAGCUGUUCUACGCCGACCACCCCUUCAUCUUCCUGGUGCGAGACAAUCAGAGCGGCUCCUUGCUGUUCAUUGGGCGCCUGGUCCGGCCCAAGGGAGACAAGAUGCGAGAUGAGUUGUAGGGUCCCAGAGUGAGCAUGGCAUGGCAGGAAGUGGCCAAAGGUUCCUGAGACACAUGGGUGCUAUUGUCGGGGGAGGGAGGGUUACCAAC